AUGGAACUGAGGCGUUUGAAUCGUCUAAGUAUUAUGAUAGUGAAUUGGAACCAUCAUGCGACUUCAAGGAGACUGCAGACCUGUCUAGCAUUGAGACUGAAAUGAAAAAUAGACUCUUGGCAUUUAGGAACUGGCUUAGAGCUAAAGGUAAAAUGCUUAUCCAGGAACUAUUGCAUAAAUUUUACAAAUCAGUAUAAAUUUAUAAGACAUAUGGUUAGCAGUCCUGAGUUCAGAUUCUCUGGAAAGUUGCGAAAGAUGAGCACACGUAGUUGAGAAGUGCCAAGUAUAUAA